AUGUCUUGCAUGUUGAGCGGUGCGCGGCGAUGGGCGUCCACGUUAGCCCGUAGGCGUGUUAUAGUGUCUGGUAUUCAACCAACGGGUGUGCCGCAUCUAGGCAACUACUUGGGCGCGCUCAAGACAUGGACAGCGUUGCAAAAUGAAGCAGAUCCACAGGACGAGCUGUACUUUUUUAUAGCCAGUCUGCACGCAUUGACCAUCCCACAAAAUCCAAAGCAGUUGUACCAUGACCGACGAAACUUGCUGGCUGCUCUUAUAGCAGUAGGUUUGGACCCGCACAGAUGCACCAUAUUUAUGCAAGACCAAGUACCUCAGCAUGCCGAACUGAGCUGGCUCCUGAUGUGUCAAUCACCAUUUGGCCGUCUCGAGCGAAUGACGACGUGGAAAUCCAAAAUUGCUACGAUCCAAAACAGCGCAUCUGAAGACCACGUCAACGAGUCUCAGCUUCAGCUGGGCCUCUUUGCUUACCCUGUCCUUCAGACCGCCGACAUUCUCAUGUAUCAUGCCACCCAUGUGCCUGUCGGAGAGGACCAACAGCAACACUUGGAGCUCACUCGCGACUUGGCACACUCAUUCAACCGCUCUGUAAAGAAACCAUUCUUUCCUAUUCCCGAGGCGCUGCUUUCCGAGUCAAAGCGCAUUCUGUCCCUCCGCAAUCCUGAACAAAAAAUGUCCAAGUCAGCCCCUGAUGCCAAUUCUCGCAUCAUGCUGACUGACACGCCUGAGCAGAUCCAGUCGAAAGUGAAAAAAGCUGUGACGGAUAGUGAGGGUACCCUGUCCUUUGAUCCCGCAUCACGUCCAGCGAUAAGCAAUUUACUCCAGAUUCUUGCAGGCAUGGAUGGCGGCGUGCUUCAAUCACACAUGACGCAAGAGAUCACGCAGGAGCGGAAAGACCCAGCAUUUUUAGCACGCUUCCUCAACGAAUAUGCUGGUGGAUCCAGUGCUGCCCUAAAGCGCACUCUGGCAGACAGUAUCAUUGAAGAACUGCGACCUGUGCAGAAGGAAUACUCCCGCCUGAUUAGCGAAGACGGCUUUCUGGAUGAAAUCGAACGUUUGGGUUGCGAAAAAGCAUGCUUACGGGCCCAAGAGACCAUGUCUCAAGUACGAACCAUGCUAGGUCUGCAUCAGUAG